UUACUAAAUGUUGCACCAUCUAAUGAUCCCGUUUUGUGAAAUUACCUGUGAUGACUAAAGCAGCAUUUGGCAAGAUUUAAAUCUAGUACGCUACUGUUAUGUGGCUGAAUUUUGUGUUUUUGGUCCCUUUAGUAUUGUUAGACAGCAGUCACAGCAUGUCCUGGUGAAGGUAAUUAUGCUAUUUUUAGCUUAGUUAAUUAUCUGACAUCAUAUGGUUGUUGGUGGAAGUCGUGUUUUUUAGGUGGUUCUCUUUCAGAUUGUGCAGAUUUGGCCAGCUUCUAGUUUCAUCUUAGAGUCAAGUGGAUCCAUCAGACCAGAAGAGCUGAUUACUGGUAAGCAUCCUUGGCCUCUAGACUGUAACUGAUGAUGCUUAUGAAAUCAAGAUAGCCUUCAGUAUCUGCCUGCUCACAUUGUUCACCACCUGUACAGCUUAUUUCUUCAGUUACAUCAUAAACAAUAGUGCAAUAGGAGUGUCAGGACUUUGUUGUUACCACCAGAGGGAGCUAGUCUAAUAUUUAAGACAUGCAGCAUAAUGCUAUCUCCCACAGGUCCAGCAUUUAACUGCUUGUCAGCCUUGACUGAAGCAGUGAAUUCUUGUUGAUAGCUCUGACUGUGAGGGCUCACAUCUGAAUUAAUAUCAUCUUCUUAUAAAUAAUCAAGGUUUUGGAAAAAAGGGGAGCAGACAAAGAAGACGGAGAAAGCGCAUAUUUAUAUGUAUGUUGACUAGACUAAUCCUCACAUCCUUAUUUGAUUCUGUGAGAUUUUCCUGUUGCCAUCUUUAGCCUCAAAGAAAGUCUGAGUCUGAAUAAACCCCGGUCUGAGCCGACUGCUUCUCUCCUGCAGGUCGAUUCGUUCACAAAGUGGGCUAAUAUUUUUAGAAACGCCCCAUUUCAGCAGAGAUUUGACAUCGUUCUCGCUUUAUUUUGGCUUCAUAAUGCCUCAACUGUAUAUACAAGUGUUACAUUUUGGCUUAAGAAAGCUGGCAAACAGCACUGCAUGGAAGAACUUAAAACAAUAUGGCACUAGUUUGAUUUCAGGCCUUUUUCUUAAGUAUCCACCUAAAAAAAAAAAAAGGGUUAGUUUGUUUGUAUUUCACAGUUGUGUAUAUGAACAGCAUUAUUGGGGUGGUUUCACAUUAAAAUGUAUUUCUUGGCAGGUACUUUCAUUCUUCCCUUUGCUGUUUAUUCAUUCCAGAUUGCCUUCUAUCUCUUCUUGGUUGUUUAGUUAGAUGGCUUGUGUCUUCCUCUGCCUGCCGUCCUCAUACGCCCAGAGGAUUUACAGACACACAAACGCUCAGAGCCCGCGAUCACACAUCUGUUCUCUCACAAGUUAAUUCAUUGUAAACAGACAGAUUUGAGAAAGGCAGGCUUGACUUCUCAAUGGGAUGCAGGGGGGAAGUGUGUUGAAGUGAGAGAAGGGAUGCUGCGGGAUGUGUGAAUCGGCCUGGCUGCUGAGUUUAUCUGGCAUACAAUUUAAAUCAGGAUUAGGGUUGUGGAUUUUCAUUCAAGUUUAGUAAAUUACAGUCAGUUCAAUCAGCAGAAUAUUCAAGGAAUUGAUUUUCAGAUGUUAUUAUGUGCAUAAUUAAGGGGCCAAAGUGAAUUCUACAAGCACGCCAGCAGUUCCCUGAGAACUAUGGGAAAUGUAGUUGGGGAUAAUAUUUCACCUGACCCUGUGUGCGUCACUCUGUCACAUUAGACCGAGGAGAUGAUCGUGAGCAUGUUUAAUGUAUUAGCCUCUUUAUUAGUGACAAGCAGCGACGGAUGAACUACAAGAAGAAGGGACAAUGAGAUGUCAUUAAAAAUAGAAAACAGUGAAUGGCUGCCAAGGCUUGAAUAGGAUCCGAGAGAGGAAACAAUCCUCUCUUAAAAGCCUCCAAGCUUCUCUUUUACUUUCACUGUCUUUUUUUUUUCUCCACCUGUUUUGUUUCUCCUCCAAAUCCAGCUCACCUCUGCUCCCAGCAAUUAACAUUUAAUGUGUUUGUGGUUUUGUUUAAUUAUCCCCUAAAAUACCCACCUUCGGUGGACGUAACAGCUUUCAUCUCUUCUCUGAGGUGGCUAUUCUCAGAAGUCUGCAGCUGCUUUCAGAAAUGUUAGUCAAGAUAAAAACAAAUGUACUUUUUUUUUUCACUGAGAAGAUUAAAAAUGCAAUUUCUGGUGAGAGGAAACACCCACACUGCUGCUGAAUCUGCUAAAUCUUUCCAAGAUUACCAACCCCCACAAGAAAUUUCUAUUAUAUUUCUUUCCUCAUCAUUUUUGUUUACUUGACUCCCAAUCUGCAUAGAGACACAUUUGAUGGAUGGAACAGAAAAUAUGUAGGGAAGAUCUCAUUCUUUUUAUCUUAUUUUGCUAUAUUAGUGGGUAUUAUCGUGUGUGUUGUACGUCUUUUGAGUCACAAAACAGCCAUAAUAAAACAUUCUUGAGGCCUAUUGACUUCUAAUUGGAAUAUGGAGGAUUGUAGGAUUUAUUCUAGGUCUUUCUCUUACUUCUUGACAAAACAAAGCAACUGUAGGUUUUCAUUCAGCACCUCAUACAUAUACCAGUGAUUUAAAAUGUACUGAUGAAUGUGCUAGUUAAGUAAAAAUGCUGAAAACCUCCUUCUAAAUUAAUAACAUACCGAUCAAAAUACAAUAAUACAGGCUUAUAAUAUUAGCCGCAUGACCCCCCAAAUAACCCCUAAUAUUAGGUUUCAGGUUCAACAUUUAAUAUUGAUCACAUUAAUUAAUAGCAAUGGAUCGUCUUUCCCCGAUUACUACAAUUUUAAUGAGAUUGAUUUUGACAGGAUUCUUCGAACACGGAGGGGAGAUGAUUUAUCUUCCCGAUGAGAAAGUUCACUGUCUAGAGGUAUUUCCCCUCGUUGGCUAAGCCGUAUUGCUUUCUUGGGUCAAAGUGAGUUAGGUUUGGGGGUUUUGGCAUCGCGUUGUCACGAAAAACAUCUCCAGGCUUAUCCUUUUAAUCCGCUCUUAGCGGCUUUUAUCCCAGAGUCUUAACUCGCUCAUGGAUACUCCACAGGGGGUGACAGGGCAAAGGCAACCAGCCUCAUUUUUAAUAGUCAAGAUGGAAAUUAACAACAAAAAAAAACCCCUCUAGGAACGGUGUUUUGAAGCUGUGCCUCCUUUACUCUGCAACUUGGAUAAAAUAAAUAAAUUAGAGGACUUUGACAGUCUCCCUUUAGCCAGGCUCCUUUGACAAUACAGCACACAGUCCAACAGAAUACAAAAGGCUUCGUUAACCGAUGUGCAGGUAAUCCAUCUUUCCUUGCUUUGCAGACAUGCCCACAAAAGCCAUGUGCUGAUAGUACCACUGCUGGGUGUGAUGGUGCUGUCAGAUGCUCCCAAAGCCUCACCCCUCCCUCUUUCCUCUACCUCUCCCUUUCUUCCCUUACUCUCUUUCUCCCCCUCUCUCUCUCUAUACCCACACCACAGAUGAAAACAGGUCCCUACAGAGGAUGCCUGUAUCUCAUUGGCUGAUAUAUCACCGGCGCGGAUGGGAGCAGGAGUGAGGGAGAGGGAGAGUAGCGAGGAGGGGAGAACGCUCAAGAAGAUGCAACUACUCCCCCACAGCAUCCUGACACAUCACUGAGCAUCACUGAAAAGAGGUGUAGACACAUGCUGUUAUUUUUCGUCGCACAGAUUUGCGGUCCUCUUUUAAAUGGAAAGCGCAGCGCACUUGGAGGAUAACUUCCUCCACACUGCUGCCGGGAUCGGCGCUCCGACUGAAAGGUGCAGACAAGCAACAGCUGGGCUCACUGUUUUGAAGCUCUUUGGAUCUCAGAGUCAGUUGCACUUGAUCCCUUCUUCAGCUGCUCGUGACCGUGACUCUUAAUUUCUCCUUUUCGAGACUGCACCCAAACCUCUGCAUUGUUGGAGUGAGCUAUUUUAGUCCUCCCAAAGCCACGCUGUUGAUUUACUGAGAAGGCAUCGCUCGGGGAAGGGUGGCAGCAUUUACUGUAAAUGUGCAUCCCUGCGGCUGGUGCCAGAGAGUCACCCUCAAAGUCUCACGCACCUGCUGAGACUCCCUGGAAGCUACCUGCUGUGCCUUUGGGAUGGUGUGACCUCAAGCUAGCAGGUGACCUUCCUAAAUCGGGGUCAAGAUGCCGGUGAUGAAGGGCCUCCUGGCCCCACAGAACACCUUUCUAGACACCAUCGCCACACGCUUCGAUGGCACACACAGUAAUUUCCUGCUGGGUAAUGCCCAGGGUCACCGUGGGUACCCCAUUGUGUACUGCUCAGAUGGCUUCUGCGAAUUGACGGGCUUUACAAGAACUGAGGUGAUGCAGAAGAACUGCAGCUGCCGCUUCCUGUACGGUUCCGACACCAGCGAGCAAGUGGCCCAACAGAUGGAGAAGGCUCUGGAGAGCCGAGAAGAGUACCAGGCUGAGGUCCACUUUUACAAGAAGAACGGUGUGGCCUUCUGGUGUCUGUUGGACAUUGUGCCCAUAAAAAACGAGAAGGGCGAAAUGGUUCUCUUUCUCUUCUCAUUCAAAGACAUCACUGACACCUACGAAAAGGGCCGCCUCAACAGCAAGAAGGAAUUUUCAGAGGACAAGAUGCACAGGGGGAAGAGUACUUCUCACUUCAGUGAGGCCAGGAAGCGUGGACACACCAUGCUGUACCAGCUGACCAGCCAAUUCUCCAGUGGAGGCAAAGGAGAGGUCAACCUGGGUGGAAGCAUGAUGGACAAGCCUGCAAUACCGGAGUACAAGGUGGCAGCGGUGCAGAAGUCACGCUUCAUCCUGCUCCACUACAGCGUUUUGAAAGCGCUGUGGGACUGGCUCAUUCUGCUGGCUACCUUCUACGUGGCUGUCACCGUGCCCUACAAUGUCAGCUUCACGCCACACGAUGAUGCCAUCACAGCUGCACGCUCCACUAUUGUCAGUGACAUUGCAGUGGAAAUGCUUUUUAUUAUAGACAUCAUCAUGAACUUUCGCACCACCUAUGUGAGCCAGUCAGGCCAGGUGGUGUAUGAGCCACGCUCUAUUUGCAUCCACUACGCCACCACCUGGUUCUUUGUGGAUCUGGUGGCUGCCCUGCCCUUUGACCUGCUGUACGCAUUCAAUAUCACAGUGACCUCCUUAGUCCACCUGCUUAAGACAGUACGCCUCCUGCGCCUCCUUCGUCUGCUCCAGAAGCUUGACCGCUACUCCCAGUACAGCGCCAUGGUGCUAACCUUGCUGAUGUCUGUGUUUGCCCUGCUGGCUCACUGGAUGGCCUGCAUCUGGUACAUGAUUGGACGCAAAGAACUAGAGACCAAUGAUAAUUGGGACAUAGGGUGGCUCCAUGAGCUGGGCAAACGUCUGGAGACGCCCUACGUUAACAGCACAGUGGGCGGCCCAACAGUGCACAGCUCCUACAUCGCUGCCCUCUAUUUUACCCUCAGCAGCCUGACCAGUGUGGGCUUUGGCAACGUCUGUGCCAACACCGAUGCUGAGAAGAUCUUCUCCAUCUGCAUCAUGCUCAUCGGCGCACUGAUGCAUGCACUGGUCUUUGGUAAUGUUACCGCCAUCAUCCAGCGUAUGUACUCGCGCCGCUCUCUCUACCACACACGUAUGAAGGACCUGAAGGACUUUAUUCGUGUCCACCGUCUGUCCCAGCAGCUUAAACAGCGCAUGCUGGAGUACUUCCAGACCACAUGGUCUGUCAACAAUGGUAUAGAUGCCAACGAGCUCCUGCAUGACUUCCCUGAUGAGCUGCGGGCCGAUAUCGCCAUGCAUCUGAAUAAGGACAUCCUCCAGCUGCCGGUCUUUAAGGGGGCCAGCCGCGGCUGCCUGCGCUCACUCUCUCUUCAUAUAAAAACCUCAUUCUGUGUCCCGGGAGAGUAUCUCAUCCGUCAGGGUGAUGCGCUGCAUGCCAACUACUUCGUCUGCUCUGGCUCUCUAGAGGUGCUGAAGGAUGGCAUGGUGCUGGCUAUAUUAGGGAAAGGAGAUUUGAUUGGCUCCGACCUGCCUGGAACAGACCAGGUAAUCAAAACCAAUGCUGAUGUGAAGGCGCUUACCUACUGCGAUCUCCAGUACAUCAGUGUGCGUGGCCUGAAGGAGGUGCUGGAACUAUACCCCGAGUAUGGCAGCGUGUUUACCUCCGACAUCCACAACAACCUCACCUAUAACCUUCGUGAAGGCAGCCAGGACGAGGGCCUCCGAAGAUUUUCUAAGUCACCGAGGCUUCCACACCAAUCCAGGCUUCCUUCUAUUGUGGAAACCAAGACUGAUGACCCUGACGACUCCUUCCACCUGUCGCCAGCCACGCGCUCCCGCCGCAACCUCCUGCUGCCCAACUUCACCAGCCCCGUUCGCCGCACCUCCCUGGGGAACCUCCUGGGGGACGAGUUACGGCAGUUCAACGCCCUGCGACGCUGCCGUUCGCCGAACCUUAGCCGUGGCUUCCUAGGACAGAGCUCCCCUCAGCCACCUUCGAAAAAAGAGCACACGACUCCUGUCUCAGCCCCGAGCACGGCAUCAACCGCAGCUGAGGGAGAGUCAGGAGCUGAGCAAAAGCCUACAAAGCUGCUCAUUCCAACUGUCACUUGUUUUGGGCCACCGGAUCUUAGUCCCAGGGUUGUAGAUGGCAUCGAAGACAACGGGAGUACGUUCCAUUUCAACGUGGAGCACAGCGGGCCUAAUGCCAGCUCAGAGAGCAGCAGCACCCAAGACACCACACAAAAUAAUCCUGCUCUGCUCCUGGAGACGGAGGAGGUCAGGCAGAGCAUCAGUCAACUCAACCUUCAGAUGGGCACGUUAAACCAGGAAGUCUCUGAGCUCACCAAGAGCCUUCACCACAUGAUGCACAUCCUCCAGGCUCACGUAUCUUUUCAUCACUACAAUGCCUCUUUCCCCUCCCAUCCGUGUGGUGUCCAAAUGGCGUCCAACUCUCCCAGAGCCUCCAACAGCGGCAUGCCUUUUAGUCAUAGUUCAGCUUUCCACCUCCAUAACGUUCCCGGGAGCCACUAUUCCCACCAAAGUGCCCCAGCCGCUGGCCACUGGAGCUGCAGUGGAACUGCUGAAACCCCAACAGAGAGCCACCAGCGGCCUCAGUCCUGUAGUCCGCCUGCUAACCACUGUCCAACACUCUCUCCAAAAUCUUCUCCUAAAUCUGUCCCGUGUCAUAGCUCUGAGAGCAUGACUGCACAUCUGUGGACCAGCCCAUCACUUCUUAGCAUCAGCCCAGGCUUCCAUGGAGGAAGUCCAGGCCUUCCACCUCAUGCUGGACAUGAAGACAACAGACCCCUCGGUGCUAGCUCAAUUACCAUCAGUCAGUCCCAGCCCACUUUGUGCCUGCAGCCUCCCAGUGAUAAUGAUGAAUACUCUUGCCUUUUGUCCAGUGUCCCUACAGGAAUGUCCACACACAGCCUGCUGGACACAUCACCCAGUCAUUAUGCCAACCUUAAUCCUUUAAAAGCCUCAAAUGAGGCCAUGUGUGUCCUGAUGUCCACCCCGCCAUCUCACCCUCUGAUCCAGGAUACCUCAAUCUUCCAAAUUAAGGAUUCAAACUCCUCUCUCCACCCUGUCUCUUCCUCUCCACCCACAUUACCAUGCCAGCCUUUUGGGAGUUCUGUGGAUUCAGGAUCAUUACAAUCUGAUGUUAUUGAGCCCCAUCUCCCACUAGGUGACCCAUCUGCGGUGGAGCACACUAGUCUGGAAUGCCUACUGGGAAACACAGGCUCUUUGGAAAGCAGGGACAGUGGAAGUGCAUCUUCACGACGGUCCAGCAUCGGCGUUCAGACUCAGAGCACAGAGCAGUCGUGGUGCCUGGACCUCACGGAUUAAUAUUUCCACAUCUCAGCAGCAGACUGGAACAAAGCAGAACCCAACACGAAAUUUCUAACAUGCAACUUCUUCAUGCAACAGUGUUUUCUGAGACUCUGGCAGAGACUGUCGAUGUGUGCUCUGUUUCCCCACCUUUUACUUCCCAUGCUCCCUUAUUACUCAAACUCCACGCAAUUUACACUAUUUCUAUGCAAAAGCAUGUAUUUUUGUGCUUCAUUUUGGCUUUACUGAAGUGUGUCUAAAAAAGAAAAAAGCUCACGACAGUGGGUUCCAGUAUAUAUAUUGUAUAUUUUUUCCAACAUCUUCAGAACAACUUGCAGUUGAUAAUACCUGUUACCUCCUUGCAUGGUAAAGUAAUUUAUUCUUUUUCCUACGGAAAAGGUUUCCAAAUUAAUGUGUAAGCAUUCUACAUGACAACCAGUUGAUUGUGUACACAGGCGCUGUAUUUAUGUGCAGACAAGUGAGGAUGAUUUGCUGUUUUAAGAAUGCAGAGGAACAAAAAUGAAACAUGCCUCACUUUGCAUGUAGAAAGUAGAGUAUGUGCAUCACACGGCGUAGAUUGUUUAUUGUUUUUAAUUGAAUGUCUUUCUCAGUUCAGCCUUCUGGGUUGUUUUGUGAAUAUUUGGACAAUAAGUAUCUAAUAUUUAAACUCCACCAACCAGUACACAGUACUUACUUAUGAUUUCAGUUAUAAUUAUGUUAGUAUCUCCUUUUAAAGCCGUCUUAAAAUGUCAAAAUUUCCUAUUUUUCCUCACUAAAGCGUUAAAUAGAGCAAAACAAUGCAAAAGAAAAUCUUCCUCAAGCAUUUAUAAUAAACACACCAUAGCUGCUCAUAAUUUAAACAUAAAUAAAAAGAUUUAGCUUCAAAGAAAAAAAAUAAAGUGGGUCCCAUUAAAUAUUUAAACUGGUCUUAAUUUAUGAAAUAAAAAUGCCUCCGAGGGACAAAAAGAUGAACUUAUGACACUUAUAGAAUAUUCAGAGUAUUCAGGAACUUUUGAAUGAUUUCUCUCUGGCUGACAAAAUAAAUAUGCAGAAAAUGUGCAACUGUGUCCUUUGCUGUUGUAUCACACUUACCACUGUUUAUGCAAAUGAUAUUUCAGAGACAGAAAACAUGUCAGAAUAACCAGCAUACUGUGUGCUAUAUAUGACUGCUUAGUUGCAAUAAGCCAUCAGCAGUCAGGAGACCGGCAUAAGCUUUGGAAAAUUGCUUUGGAAUUAUUUAAGGAGAAAAUGCAGUUACCGGUUAUUUGUGUCAAAGCUUGAGAAAAAAGAAAAAGACAGAAACUGGAUUAUUUUUCACUGAGGCAAAGCUCUGAAUUUUCUUGGAUUUGGAUUACGAUGCUUUGCUGUUAUUUGACAGGUUAUUUGUGGUUUUCAAAUCUCAUGGUAUUGCUUACAUAUAUCAGUAUAAAGACUUUUAUAUGCCAAGAAAAGUCGUGUUUUUGCGUUUUUUCCUAAAACGUUUUCUGUUUAGUUAUUAGGUGAUUAGUACUGAUGCCUGAAAAAGACCAAAACUCACAAUUAUUAGACAUCACUGUA